AUGAAUUUGACCUCCAUCCUUCCAGCGAAUGCGUCUCUCUCUUACGCGGGCAAGCUUACAUCCGCUCGGGUGAAUGUUUUGGGACACGGCUACUAUUUCAUCCAAGACCGCGAGAGUAUCGAGGCGCUUUGGAGGACUCAGAUGCUCUCGAGUCCCAUGGCAUCAUACAUCAUUACUCUCAAAUAUCUAUUCGGUAUGAGAGAGAACGCACUUUUAGCCUAUCAAGAGGAUAACUCUGGCCCUUUCCCCAAGCCUUUCCCAGGAAGCAAUGUUGAAGCAAGAAAUCGUAUCGAUAAAAUCACCCAUCAAGUUCUGCUCAGAGGAUUCACAGGCUCAGGUCUGAAGCCUUUGACUCAACGUACGGCCGGAGCUUUACGUAAAAGGCUUGAUCAGCUUCCGGUGGACCAAGACUGGGUAGAAUAUCCCGACCUGCUCAAAUUCUUUUACGAUAUUGUUGGUACAAGCAUAGUUGAAUCCCUAGCUGGCCCAUCACAUUUACAAAUCAACCCUACCUUUCUUGACGAUUUCUGGACGUUUGACCAAUACAUUCCGUGGUUUGCACGAGGCAUGCCAUCGUUUUUGAUCCCUAAGGGCUCCACAGUUCGGUCGAAAUUGAUAAAUCAGCUGCAAUCAUGGUAUUCCUUUGCGCGGAAUAAUUUUCACGAGUCAUCUAUCGGCGAAGAUGGUGAUUUUGAUUCCUAUUGGGGCUCGUCUAUCAUACGAUCGAGGCAUGAGACAUUGCGGCAUGUUGACGGCCAUGAUGACUCCGCUCACGCCUCUACAGAUCUUGGAUUGCUGUGGGCCUCUCUUUCGAACGUGGUACCGGCAGCCAUGUUUGCCACUCUGCAUAUCUUUAAAGAGCACGGGCUACUAGGAAGAGUUCGGGAUACCAUAUGCGAUAAAGAUCCAUUGGGGGUGAAUAGGUAUGAAAUCACUAAGGAUCCACUUCUUCAGUCCAUUUACAUGGAGACCUUGCGAGUUUACGUGAAAACGUACUUUCUCACCACAUCACCUAUCAAAGACAUCAACGUAGGAAAAUGGCACAUCCCGAAAGAUGGACUUAUUCUUGUCAACUCUGGAAUUUCUCACAUGGACAAAGAUUUCUGGAACUCCAAGGCAGGGCAAUGGCCUGUGGAAACCUUCUGGGCGGAUCGUUUCAUAAAGUAUCCCGGUGAGGAAAAUAGCGGACCCGCACUUCCUGAGAUUGCAAAAGAGGAGGCGAAAACCUGCAAGAUUCGCUCGCCGGUCGUCGAGAAGUGUCCUUACAUUUCCACUGAUGGGUUGGAAGGAUCAUGGAUACCCUUUGGUGGUGGACAUGCAAUGUGCCCAGGUCGGUUUCUAGCGAAGAACGCAAUCAUUGCAAUGAGCGCAGCGAUGGCAAGCAUGUUCGACAUGGAAAUCAUGACAGAUUCGGUGGACACGAGCUCGGGAAAGUUUGGUCUUGGUACUUCAAGUCCAAAGAAGGCAGUUCCGUUCCGACUGCGCAGGAGACAUGCGACGUUGUAG